CGCCUUUGCCUGCGCUGCCGGGCGGCGGGAGAGCGGCGCUGAGGCGGGCGGGCAGCGCCCUGCACACACGGUCCCGGGGCCGUGCGGAGCUCGGGGGUGCCCAUGCGGCGCCGGGCAGAGCCGAGCGGAGCCGGGCGAGCUCCAGCCAUGCAUCCCGGCGCGCCCGCGGGCACAUGGGGCAGCGCUUGAACCGCUGCCUCGAUGUCCCCGUGGCGUUGCCGCCGCUGAGGCGGAGGUUGCUGCUGCUCUUCAUCAUGCUCUUCCUCUGGCUUUACAUGUUCUACUCCUGCGCCGGCUCCUGCGCCGGGCUGGCCACCCGCGGCUCCCCCGCGCCGCCCCGCGCUGCCCCGCCGCUUGCCCAGCUGCUGCCGGGGGAGCCGGGCGAGGAGAGCAGCCUGGAGGAGCAGCGGGCAGCGUCCGACGCCGCCGGCCCCAUCUCCAGCUUCUUCAACGGCUCCGGCACCAAGCGGCUGCCGCAGGCCAUCAUCAUCGGCGUGAAGAAGGGGGGGACGCGGGCGCUGCUGGAGUUCCUGCGGGUGCACCCCGACGUCCGCGCCGUCGGCGCCGAGCCCCACUUCUUCGACCGCAACUACGAGCGGGGACUCGCCUGGUACAGGGACCUCAUGCCCAGGACCCUGGAGGGGCAGAUCACCAUGGAGAAGACCCCCAGCUACUUCGUCACCAAGGAGGCCCCGGCACGCAUCUCCUCCAUGUCCAAGGGCACAAAGCUCAUCGUGGUGGUGCGGGACCCUGUGACCAGAGCCAUCUCAGACUACACCCAGACGCUCUCCAAGAAGCCCGACAUCCCCACCUUUGAGAGCCUGACCUUCAAAAACAGGACUACGGGCCUGAUCGACACCUCGUGGAGCGCCAUCCAGAUUGGCAUCUACGCCAAGCACCUGGAGAACUGGCUCCUCUACUUCCCCAUCGGGCAGAUCCUCUUUGUGAGCGGGGAGAGGCUCAUCAGCGACCCCGCGGGGGAGCUGGGCCGGGUCCAGGACUUUCUGGGCCUCAAGAGGAUCAUCACUGACAAACACUUCUACUUCAACAAAACCAAGGGCUUCCCGUGCCUGAAGAAGGCAGAAGGCAGCAGCAAACCCCACUGCCUGGGCAAGACAAAAGGCAGGACCCACCCCAACAUAGACCAGGAGGUGGUGCAGAGACUGCGGGACUUCUACCGGCCCUUCAACAUGAAGUUCUACCAGAUGACGGGGCAGGACUUCGGCUGGGACUGAGCCUGGCGUGGGAAAAAUCCUCUGUAAUGACUUUCCCGGCACGGUUUGCGUAUAUAAAGAGAUAUAUAUGUAUGUAAAAUGUACAGAAAUCUAUUUUAUAAUAAUUUAUUUUUAAUUCCUAAGCAAUUAAUUCACUAAGCUGCCUAACCGCACUGGCUAGAACGGUAGCCCGUAACCUGUUUAACAUUCCACGGUGUUUAAUUCUAAUUUGUCUCUCCUUAUUUUCUCUUCCCCCUCUUCUGUUUUCUCCUCUUUUCUUGGUUUGGUUUGUAACAGACGGUGCUUCCAUUUUUCCUAAAGAAAAUUUGUAUUUAAGAACAUCAACAAAAGCGAGGGUGGGACAAGGGAGGGACAGGGAGGGAAAGCACAAGGUUAUUUUUGUUACGGGUACCUGGCCUUUAUAAACACUUGCUUUCCCUAUUCCAGUGUCCCAGUCUCUGCUCCGGUGUUGUGACCCCUCAUCCCACAGCUUCCUGGUUAGUCCCACAGCCUCAGGGGGGGUUUCUCUGGGGCUGGGCAUCUCCCUGCAACCCACAUACCUCUGCUGAGCACCAGCAGCGUGUUUUACCAGUGGCUGUGCAGCACAGGGAAUCCCAAGCCAUACAGCUCCUGCUCCACAGCCCAGGGCUCUGCUGGGAGGGUAAGGAGCUCUUGAGAAGCCACAGAGCCUGUUGCAUGGGCAGAGCUGUCUCCUCAGUACACUUUUCCUCCUUGCCUUUUGUCAAGGAGGCUCUUUCCCACGAUCCCUCUAUGCAUUUUAAAUCGUUACUGCAGGACAAGUGGAAGAAUACGUGUAUGUGUAUGGGACACGCUCGGUGCUGGCAUCAGUGACCUGCAAGAAGUGUCGCUCCAGGCCUGCCCAUGCCCAUGGGGCAAUCCUGGAAGAUGGCUUUCAUCCACCAAAGACACCAUCAGCACCACGGAGCCAUGGGAAACACCCAGGUCUCUGCUUGGCACCAUCCCCAGCACGGAGGGUGUUCCAGGACAUGGUGCAGGCAGCGCUGCCUCCAGCCCUGUGGCCGCCGGAGCAGCUCCUGCUGGUUGAGACUGGAGCACAUCAGUCUGGGCGUUCUUGAUUCCUGGUUCAACGCCCUAUCCAUGGUCUCUCCCAAGGAGCUGUGCUUGCCUAGAGCCAGGAAGAAGUGCUGCUUUGCCAACAAGGAUGGAUCUAGAAAAGCAUGGGGGGUCUGGGCUGUAUUUGGGAUGUUGCUGGUACCCGAUGCCCUGGGUGAGGGCAGGGGUGGCAGGACAGGAGGUUUCAAGCACUUGCUCAUCAACCCUGGUACAAUACCAUGGAAAUCCUUCCCCUCAAGUGGACCCAAAUGCUUUGGGACUUUAGGACAGGUUUGCGGGGCUGUCCUGAGAGCAUUAGCCAUGUUUUGUGUGCUCAGGUUUCAAUAAGCACCAUGUGUGUCCACUGCCUUAUCCUUGCUGUCACAGGUUCUGCUAGCUUGACUGGAGCGUUUUCAGAGCAAGGUGGCAGCAGAAGUGAUUUUCUCCUUGAAUUUUGAGCAGAAGCAUGGGGCUGUGUUGACUUUGGGCAACAAAACCCCACACACCUCACCUGCAGCACUGCAGUGGUGUGCUGCACCGAGUGUGGAGUUCACUGGGUCAAUCUCAUGGUGUUACUGUGGGAGUACUGCAUAAAGCAGGCAGUGUGAGUAAAACUAAACGGCAAAUGUACCAAUGGGCACAGCAUCUGUCAGGUGAGUUGAUGCUCUGGUUUCAUGCCCAUUGCCGGUAUAAAAGGUGCCCUGCUCUCCCCAGUCCCCAAUAGCAAACCACCUUUGAGCCAUGCCCAGCUGUGGUGGGGUGCAUUCAGUUUCAUCUUCCAGAUGUUUUCUUUACUUCUGCUGCCUCCUUGCUCUUGCCUGCCCCUUACAGCUCUCUGCUGUGGCUGCUGGGUGAUGCAAAGGCUCUUUGGAGCCUGGGCUGCUCUCCCUGGGCCUUGAUCUGGUCCUGCACAGACAGAUACAGCAAAGAGCAGACCUACCUCUGGGUUCACUGCAGGGAUCUGCAGGUAAAGCACUGCCUUUCAGUGCUUUGUUUAAACCUAAGGGCUCAGUGGUGUCACAUCUCCAAAGGGAUUUAGGGAGUUGGACCCCUGUCAGUGCCAGUGAAGUGUGUGGGUUCAUACGUGGGGUGCCAUGUACUGGGGUGUCCUCAGGGACAGAGAGAUACCAAGCAAAGGUAACAUCAGGACUGAGCUGCCAAGCGAAUCCCCUGUGAGCAGGAUGCAAAUGCCUUCUUGGGCUUUGCCUCCAAGCACUUCUUCCUGCAAACAAGCAAAGUUGGGCAAAUCCUCGCCUUUUUGCCCUCAGCCAUUUCUACUAACCAAGUGAUGCUUUGGACCUGCUUCCAGAUACCAUGGGUAUGAGUGUGGGAUCUGCGGGGCUGCAGGUUGACAGCCCUCCCACACAAUCCCAUCCUGCGUAACGCAGCUGCAAACCUCAAGUGGUGGUUGGAUCUAUCUAUGCAUGUUUGGGGGCUUGGGUUUUAGUUCCAGCCAGGUCCCCAGCUCUGUUGCCUGCUGCCAGCACAGAAGCAUGUCUGCGUUAUCACAAACCCUGCUCCUGUUGGGUGAUGGAGGGGAAGGGGCUGCACAGGGAGAAGAAAACACUUCCAGGUGGAAAACAGUGAUUUUUACUUCUCAUAACCUCAGUCUUCCUAUGAGCUGGCAUAUGCAAUGUGUGGAAAGAAGCUCUUCCUCUUCUCUUGGCCUUCGGGUAAGCUCCCAGCCACAGCUCCGUCACUUCCUCAAGUGGUUUCACUGGCUGCAUGGUGAGAGCCUCCAGGAUCUCUUGUGCUGGCGUGGCUUCCUUCCCAUGGGGCUCCCAACGGAGCGCAUGUGCGUGCCUGCCUCUGGAUGCUGAAGCAUCUUGCAUCCCCUCCGUCUUCCUCCUUGCUUUCUUGGAAACAACUUCUUAAUAUCCCCAUGCCUUCCUCAGCUGUACAGCAGCCUGUGGGCUUCAUUUAUACAAUCAAGCCCUGCUGCAAAACACUCCCGUGAAGCAAUCUUGUUGGCGAGUAGGAAUACAGGGAGUACAUAAUAACUUUUCUAACCUUAAGCAAGUUGUUAGCCCUUGCUCAAUAUCCUUCGUAAUGAAGUCUGCACUAGACUUGUAAUGUAAAAGCCUUACCUAACAAGACAAUGAAGGUGAAGUCCCCGUGGUGUACAUCUGGUUGCUAAUACUGGAAUCAGUGCUAUUGUAAAAAAUACCUUUUUACUUUAAGUUAAGCUUGGAGGUGUGAUUAGAAGUUCUGUUUAUUUUUGGUUUUCCACAUUGUAACAUUAAUUUAUGGCUGAGUUUCAUUCAGUCCUGUAUUCAGACGUGCAGUACAGGUAUUAGUGAUGUGUUGUCUGUAACAUGGAACUAUAGAGUAGCCAAUUUGUAAGAAAAAGAACAAAAUGGAAAGAAAAAA